AUGGCAAACUCUUUCGCUACGGCAUGGCGUUCCUUUUGGCAUACCAUGACCUCCAAUGACCGCCAUGCCUCUCACGACUCGCCUUACCGGACCGGCCAACAUGUCCCUGUCGCACAGAGUCGACAUGCCCCCCUGACUUCGGUCGCAACCAGUGCCAUUGAGUCGCACCAAGACCUCUCCCAGACAUACCACGACGAAUCCAAACGGCCCUCUGUCUCCUCAACUCAAUUGCCCCAGUCACCUGCCAGACCAUACUCGCCGGGCAUGCGCUCCAUAUCAUCUCCCAAGCGUGCUGGCGCCGAGGAAGUGGUUUCUCCUGGCGAGAUCCAAAUGCAGAACUUCGCCGACGGUGCACCUCCCCCCCCGCCUGUGUCUCAUUCCUGGAAGAAAAUCGACCGCUGGGCUGAGAAAAACUAUCCAGAACUGUGGGAUCAGCUGGGCGAGGGGUGUACGCAGAAUGACAUCAAUGAGCUGGAGCAUGAGCUGAACAUGUCUUUACCGCAAGACGUGCGCGAGUCCCUUGCCAUCCAUGACGGUCAAGAACGCGGCGGCAGACCAACUGGCAUCAUUUUUGGCUGCAUGCUGCUCGACUGUGAAGAAAUUGUCCAGGAAUGGAAGAAUUGGCAGGUGGUCAACGAAGAAUUUUUGAGUGGUGCCCGGAAACCCUCCUACGGUUCCAAAGGUCUCAGCAACGGCGCUUCCUCGUCGAGCCAGGCCAAUGGCAACCGCUUCUGGAGACAAGAACUUCUGGAUAAACAAGAAUCACAGCCCCCCAAUGCCAUCCAGAGAGCUUAUGCUCAUCCCAGUUGGAUCGCCCUGGCCAGAGAUUGGGGCGGGAACAACAUCGCCAUCGACCUGGCGCCAGGUCCAGCGGGCAAAUGGGGCCAAGUUAUCCUGUUUGGAAGAGACUACGAUUGUAAAUAUGUUGUUGCGCGCUCGUGGGCACACUUUUUGGCCACGGUCGCGGACGACCUCGGCACCGAAAAGGUCUUUGUCGACGAGGAGACCGGCGAGCUGAAAUUGAAAGAAUUCAAGACGGAGACGGUUGAACCCGCUUACAUGGAUAUCUUGCGUUGGCGAGCAGACCAGAAAUACGGACGGAGGGGACCGAAACGGAGAUCUCAGCCACCAGGAUUGAACAACAGUUCAGUAGCGCAGAACGGCCGACACUCCCCGUACAACAGCCCCGUCGUGGGCGAGGAUAGGGGUCGGUCGCCUCACCGGUUUUCACGGGGACCUACGGGUAGCCCGAGACACACCGUCAGCAGUCCUCUUGCCCGAGUUCAAGAAGAAAUUGCCCAGCCGCAAGCUAUCCGCCCGGGAGGAGAUGUGGUACGAGAUUUUGCUGAAGCCGCCGAGGACUCUGUCAGUGAAGGCAAGAAGCGAGCAGUCCCUGCGCCCAUCGAUUCACAAGCGACAACUGCCACCAAGCAGGGUGGAGAUAAACUGGUCGAUGUCUCGACACCCGCGUCAUUGAAGAGCGCAGAUUCGAAGGAUUUCCCCGCCACUCGACUCACCCGGGUCUUGACAGCCGGCAACAACGAACCCCAGGACGACAAACCGACAGAACCAGAGCCUGAGGUCAAGGGCCUGGGCGUUAAUGGGAUCGAGGGAGAAAUGAAGACGGUGGCGAUCUAA